AAAAUUAAGGGGGAGGCUUGGUGUUGCACGGAUUCCCGUUCUUGGACAUUUUUUUCUUCCACUCGGAACAGUCCUAAUAACUUUUCACAAUCUGCCGGGGUGGCCUUUUUUUUUCCCACGCGAGGACAUAAUACGAACAACGUAUGACUUGAGGAACUUUUAUUUAUUUAUCCCCCCCCCCCCCCCACACACACACACACACACACAUCUCUCCCGGAGGUGAGAGAACUGCGAUUCAUCGCGAGUGAAGACGUGACCAAGGGACGAGCGAACCAUGAAAGUUAACCAACAGUGUUUGUGUUAGCAGAAAGAAAAUCCCGACUGUACCCCGCGGAGGUUUUGUUCUGAUUUGGCCUUGUUAGCUAAACUUCCACACUCGGAGCGCCUUCAUUACGACUGGAUCUAAACAUACUCCUUUUUUGAGGGAAGUUUUUAUUAUUUAUUUUAUUUUAUUUUUUAUUUUUUUGUCUCCGGAGUGUUCUUAUCAGAAACAACGCUGGCUGGCGGCCAGUGAGUUCAGCAAAUGACCUGCUGCUGAUGCCCCAAAGUUCUGAAUGGAGUUCCAGUCGAAGAAAAGCCAACAAUUGUAGCUCCCUCAACAGGAUGCUGAUGAGGUCAAGUGUACUUCUGUUUCUGGCUUUCUUUGCCCAGUUUUUAACGACACAGUGCCGCCCUGCCAUUCCUGAUGAAGUCUCCGUGGAAACACAAGCAGAGCUUUUCACCCUCUAUCUUGGGGAUCGUCUGGACCUAAGUUGCUUCACCAAGGACCCCCUGCAUGCUGUCAACUGGACCAAAGACCAUGUGGUCGUAGUGGAUGGAGAACACACACGAAUACGCAAUGGCCAGCUGGAGAUUGAGACAGUUGAGCUGGCAGACUCUGGCCUGUACGCAUGCAUGACCUUUGGCAACCAUAGUGUCUUUUUCAACGUCACAGUUGACACCCUGGCCUCGUCUGAAGACGAUGAUGAGGACGAAGAAUCUUCUUCAGAGGAAGCAAAAUUAUUAGGCAGUCAAAAACUACUCCCAAUGGCUCCACAAUGGGCUCAUCCAGAAAAAAUGGAGAAAAAGCUCCAUGCUGUUCCUGCCAGCAAGACUGUCAAGUUCCGCUGUCAGGCCAGUGGCAACCCAACACCCACAUUGAAAUGGUACAAGAAUGGAAAAGAGUUCAAAAGAGACCAUCGAAUUGGAGGUUUCAAGGUUCGCGACCAUGUUUGGACCAUCAUCAUGGAGUCUGUAGUGCCCUCUGACAAGGGAAACUAUACAUGUGUGGUGGAAAACCAGUAUGGGAGCAUCAAUCACACCUACCAGCUGGAUGUUGUCGAGCGCUCUCCUCACAGGCCCAUCCUGCAGGCUGGCCUGCCUGCUAAUCGCACUGCAGUGGUGGGCAGUGAUGUGGAGUUUGAGUGCAAAGUCUUUAGCGACCCACAGCCUCACAUCCAGUGGUUAAAGCACAUUGAGGUCAACGGCAGUCGCGUCGGUGCAGAUGGCUUACCGUAUGUCCGUAUCCUCAAGCAUUCUGGGGUCAAUAGUUCGGACGCUCAGUUGUUGACCCUCUACAAUGUGACUGAGGAGGACAAUGGAGAAUAUAUUUGUAAAGUGUCCAAUUAUAUAGGGGAGGCCAAUCAGUCGGCUUGGCUGACUGUCACCAGAUUUGAGCCCACAGCCGUCCCACACUAUCCUCCGGCCAACCACACUUAUCUGGAGGUGGUCAUCUACUGUGUGGGCUUCUUCUUCAUCGCAGUCAUGGUUUCCAUCGUAAUUAUUGUGAAGAUUCGCACCUCCUCCAAGAAGAGUGACUUCAACAGUCAGCUGGCUGUCCACAAGCUGGCUAAAAGCAUCCCUCUGCGCAGACAGGUAACAGUAUCUGUGGACUCAAGUUCCUCCAUCCACUCUGGUGUGAUGUUGGUUCGACCUUCUCGCCUUUCCUCCAGCGGCUCUCCAAUGUUGACAGGGGUGUCUGAGUAUGAACUACCCCAAGAUCCCCGUUGGGAGCUUCAACGAGAUCGACUUGUUCUUGGGAAGCCCCUGGGUGAAGGCUGCUUCGGUCAGGUGGUGAUGGGAGAGGCUCUGGGUCUCGACAAAGAGAAACCAAAUCGUGUGACAAAGGUUGCAGUGAAAAUGUUGAAGUCUGACGCCACAGAGAAAGACCUGUCAGACCUGAUUUCAGAGAUGGAAAUGAUGAAGAUCAUUGGGAAACACAAGAAUAUCAUAAAUCUGCUGGGAGCCUGCACACAGGAUGGUCCUUUGCAUGUGAUUGUGGAGUAUGCGUCCAAGGGCAAUUUGAGGGAGUUCUUGCGUGCACGGCGCCCUCCAGGCAUGGAAUACUGUUACAAUCCAGACCAAGUCCCUGUUGAGAACAUGUCCAUCAAAGACCUGGUGUCCUGUGCCUACCAAGUGGCCCGAGGCAUGGAGUACCUAGCUUCCAAAAAGUGCAUCCACAGAGAUCUUGCUGCUCGCAAUGUUUUGGUAACUGAGGACAAUGUAAUGAAAAUAGCUGAUUUUGGCCUGGCAAGAGACAUACACCACAUUGAUUACUACAAGAAGACCACCAAUGGCCGUUUACCAGUCAAAUGGAUGGCUCCUGAAGCACUAUUUGACCGAAUAUACACACACCAAAGUGAUGUCUGGUCAUUUGGCGUUCUGCUUUGGGAAAUCUUUACCCUGGGAGGCUCUCCUUACCCCGGCGUCCCUGUGGAAGAACUGUUUAAGCUGCUGAAGGAAGGUCACCGCAUGGACAAACCUUCCACAUGCACUCAUGAGCUGUACAUGAUGAUGAGAGACUGCUGGCAUGCUGUGCCCUCCCAGAGGCCCACAUUCAAGCAGCUUGUAGAGGACCUGGACCGCUGUUUGGCCAUGACGUCCAACCAGGAGUAUUUAGAGCUGUCUGUGCCCUUGGAUCAAUAUUCCUCCAACUACCCUGACACUCGCAGCUCCACUUGCUCUUCGGGCGAGGACUCUGUCUUCUCCCAUGAUGCCGGUGCUGAGGAGCCUUGCCUUCCAAAGCUCCCUCCCCAUUCUAACGGGGCAGCCAUCAAGAAACGUUGAUACCUCAUCUCCAUGGAGACAUACGUUGACAUUUCCUCUGCUCCCUGCCUCCUGGGGUUGUGGACUCUUCCCCUACAUUCCCAGAGAUGAAGCUAAGGACCACUGCUGCAUGGUGAGAUAGGAGCUUGGAGACACGCCAGAGAAUUGGAAGGACUGCAGAGUGCAGCCAUUUUCCGGUUCUAGGUGGAAUUAUGUUUACGGGACACUUUCUGUUAUCAGGAGUGGAAGUUUGCAUUGGUGUCAGCAAUGGGUCUCCCAUUCCCAUGCAGCACAGGAGACUCAAGAACUGACUCGGAUCAUGUCAGGCCUUUUUUAUUCAUUUAGUUCAUCGGGACAGCAUUUUGCUUUACAGACCAAAUCCAGAGCAAAUACUACCAAGGAACAUGCAGGACCAUGGUACACUACGCCAUUCACUAUAUCUUCUUGUAAAUACGACUAGAAAAAUAAAAAUAUGAAUAUAUAUAUAUAUAUAUAUAUAUAUAUAUAUAUAUAUAUAUAUAUAUUUACACUAUACUCUUAUUUUUAUCACCAUAAUAGAUUUUUCUUUUGUAAAAGGAUGUUUGUUUGAUCCAUUCUUGAGUAUAAUCUGUAGGGGUGAUAUCACAUGACAGUCUUUAUUUUCCAAUUUUGAUUGCCCUCAUUUAAUAUCAUAACCAUCCCUAGAAAAUAUACAGUAUAGGAUGUUUUCCUUUGUUUUAUUAUUAUUAUUUUUUUUACAUGCGUUUCAUAGUACAUCAUGCAUAUCAGUGUAACUCGAUAUUUGAGGGUACCGUCUCGUACCAUGACAAAAAUGUAAGUAUGAACGUGUGUGUGGGUGAAAAUGUAAUUUUACACAUCUCUUCCAGUGACAGCAAACGCAUGGUUACAUCUUCUAAAAACUGCCCUAAUUAGCUUCAGUCAAUGCCAUGCACUUCCACUGUGCAUGCAUGUCAUGUGAUAAACCUUCUAUUGUACAUGCUUUAGCAGGAGUUAAUCUGCUGCCAAAUAACUUCUGAUGAAGGGUUGCGGGACACAGCUAUCCUCAUAAAUGGAUAACAUUAAAUAAAAUGCUUUAAAACCAAACAAAAA